AUGGACACAUUGCAAGACAGACUGAUACUCGGAUGGCAGAAUGAAAAAGACAGUGAUGAUAGUGAUGGUUUGGAAGGGCCUAACUACUCAAGCGAUGAAGACUCGGAUUAUGGACCUUACAUGCUUGAAAAGAAAGUGAUCAUGAAACAAAUUCAGAGCAAGAAUAUGAUAAUGAAGAUAUUGUCUACAAACUUUAGAAGAUGA